ACUUUUAUUAGGGUGUUCACAAGUUGCCGAGACACCGCGACGUAAGCUUCGCGUUUCACUCUAUUUCUAGUUUUAUUUAUAUAUUUAUAAUCUCCAUCUGCGCUACUCUGGAUUUACUGUGACACCAGUGUUUACCAUCCUUAUUACACUUAUUGACACUUGUUGAUAAUUUUCAUUUUCAUUCCUGAUUUUAAAUUAUUUAAAAGAAGAAAACAGUGAAGUGUUCACGGUGAAAUUUUUCAGUGCUACGUACUGUCAAGAACUGUGCUCUCAAAAACGUGCUUCUGGAGCUAAUACCAGAAUUUUCUAGAUAAUAAAUUAUAGAUUGUUAUUCUAUAUCUUAUAUUGUUUAUCGUUCGCCAGAGACAAUUGCAAUAAUACCUGAAAACAAUAAGGAUUAAUGUUCUGUUACAUAAACUGUCAAUCAGCUGAGGAAUUAGCAGCCUACGUCUAACCAAGGCGAGGCCAUAAAUUUCGCAAUCGUCUUCUAAAAACCGGCCUUAAAAAGCGCUUAAAUCCUCACUAAAACUGUCCCAAAAAAAACUGCCCGAAGAAGUUUAAAAAAAAGUUAGUUAACAAACCUAUAACCGAUGGUGCGAAGUCUAACGAUGGAGCCGACGUUCUACGAGGAGCCAAUAUACGCCACAGGAAAUCGUGGAAAUGUUGGUCAACUUAAACGAAACUUAACAUUAGACUUAAACGGCCAGCGGCAGCAGCAGCAAUGCAAAAGGCCCAGAUUCGGACCACUUCCAUCAGUCCUAAACAACUGUCCAUCCGUGCUAAGCUCUCCGGACUUGCACAUGUUAAAACUAGGCUCACCCGAACUAGAGAAGCUGAUAAUCGCCCAGCAAGAAGGAUUGACCGUGAUGUCUCCUCAGAGUAACCCAAUGUUCCCGCGAAUAGUCACCGAGGCCCAGGAAUUGUACGCGAGAGGGUUCGAGGAUGCGUUGAACGAGCUUCAUCACUCAGACAGUUCCCAGGAGCCAGGAAGCAUCCACGGUGCGACUUACACCACUCUGGAGCCACCCAGCAGCGUCCAAUCCACGGAAUCUCUGUCCCAGGGCCUGAUGAUGAUCAAAGACGAGCCCCAGACGGUUCCCAGUGUCAGCAGUUCCCCUCCAAUGUCUCCAAUCGACAUGGAGAGCCAGGAGAAGAUCAAGCUCGAGAGGAAGAGACAGCGCAAUCGUGUCGCUGCUUCUAAAUGCAGAAGACGCAAAUUGGAGCGAAUUUCAAGGCUUGAGGACAAGGUUAAAUUGCUUAAAGGGGAAAACACCGAGCUUAGUACUGUUGUUCACAAACUUAAAGAACACGUGUGUCGUUUGAAGGAACAGGUGAUGGACCACGUGCACUCCGGGUGCCAUAUUGCCGGCAUACCUGUACAAUAUUGAGAUUUAAAUGAUUAUUUAUUUAUUAUUUAAUUAUUUAUGUCAGUCUCUGUAUUAUUAUUGCAUACUUUACCGGAUGAUAGGAUCAACAGCUUAUUAAUACACAGAAUCUCAUUGGCUUGAGGUUUUGCGAUCCAUCUAAGACAUACGUUCGUGCUGAACAAAUAUUAUUUUACUUUAAAUAAUUCAACUGAUUAAUUUAAAACGGUAAAUUCCACUUGGAUUUUUUAUCGACAGCCAGUGAAAUUAAUAUGAGGAAGUAAAGUGCCUUCAAGUGGUAUGCUGACAAAAUAUAUUUUUUAUUUAAUAAUAUAUAUUAUUUACUUGUAACAACAGCAGAAAAAAAAAACAGUGAAUUUAUCUUCUUCGUUAGCGAUUGUGACGUUUUUCUAGUAGGAGGAGCUCAAGAUCAACAGAGAAAGAAGAUAUGGAUAUUGAGAAGUUAAAUUAAUAAGAGAGAGAGGAA